AUGUUCAGGCAGCAGCGGAAAGAAGACGAUAUUGAGUUCAUUCCAACCACAGCCGCUAAUUUACUGGGUACAAGGCUAGACGAUACCCCUCUUCCCUUUAUGAUCCUCAAACACACUCCCCAAAUCAUCAACGUCCCAUGGAGUUUCGCUUUCUUCCUACCACAACCUACAAUGUUUUGUGAUCAAGCCUCCAAUAGCGGCGCUGCCCGUAAAGGCCCUUUUCCGUACAAGCAUCACCUUGUACAGAAUCACGCUAAGCUUUUUCGUGUGCUGACUUCCCGUCUCCAGAAUUUUCCAGAUGCCGUGGAAAAGACCAGCUAG